AUGACAGCCUGUAACAUUCUGUGUCAUCUCCACCUUUCACGAUCGAUCAUUCCUCGAAACAAAAAAGUCGCAUUCCCAUCUUGUGCGUCGUUAAAGGGUCUAUUUCCGACCCAACACCCCCGCAUUCCGCUUUGCGAUUCAGACCUUUCCCCACCUCCUACGACGAACGCCCCUGAAUUUACGCUACAUUAUCACCUGGAAUUACCCGUAUCGAAGACGUACAACAACACCAACAUAGAGCAGGAAGUUAUCAUCCACUAG